AUGAAUAUUAAAGCACUUGAACAAAUGUUAAAGGAGAAGGAGAAGGAGCAGGAGCUUACUGAUCUGUCAGAAUUUUACAAUGCACUGAUUUUCAAGGAGAGGAGCAAUAAUGAUGAGCUGCAGGGGGCCCGUAAAGAGUUAAUUGAUAUAUGUUCAUAUUCUAAGCAUGGACUGAAAAAUCAUUCAAAAAUCUGUAUUGGCGUGAAGACAUUGGGUGAUCUUGACUUGAAGGCAUUUCAAGUUGCAGCCAAGAGAAGAUAUACUGCAAUAGAAGAAGCAAAUGAGAGGGCAGUGGAGUUGUGCUCUGUGUGGGAGGAUUAUGUUGGGGAUUCUAAUUGGAACCCAUACAAGGUUAUUAUGGAUGAGACAGGAAAAAGAAUGGAAAUUAUUGAUGAAGAAGAUAAAAAAUUGAAAAAUUUGAAGACUGAGCUGGGGGAUGAAGUAUACAAGGUGGUGACAACUUCGUUAAUGGAAUUGAAUGAACAUAAUUCCAGUUGGAGGUAUAGGAUACAAGAGCUUUGGAAUUUUAAAGCAGGGAGGAAGGCAACACUUAAAGAGGGAGUUGCUUACAUUCUGAAGCAAUGGAACGCGCUUAAAGAACACGAAGCAGAGAAGAAACUAAAAGUCUGCGUGCUGCUGGCAUUUGUGGCAUGCCCUUGA